AGAGCUCUUCGCGACGCCAUUCAAGUGAGAAGCAGAGUUUCCACGAUGGCAGCAUCGCUCUGGUCCUCUCUUGUCAUUCUUGUCUUUUCUUCUGUGACCACCGUGUCGUCCUUACCUCCAACCGAGCCACCGCUCAUUCACGGUCACCCCUUCGUGGUUAUUUGGAAUGCCCCCACUCAUCGGUGCAAGCAACUUCACAUCCCCCUGGACACCACCGCCUUCCAGGCAGUGACCACUCCGGCAGCAGUCCCUGGGCAGUUCCUCACCAUCUUCUACGAGGACCGCCUCGGACUGUACCCUAAAGUAGACUUCCCCAAACAGAAAAUAGAAAGAGGAGGUGUCCCGCAGAAUGGGAAUCUGACAGAGCACCUGGCAAAAGCCCAAGAUGAGAUCGACCACUCCAUUUCCAAUGAUGCCGCGCCUGGGCUCGCAGUCAUCGACUGGGAGUCCUGGCGUCCACUGUGGGACCAGAACUGGGGAACCAAGCGCAUAUACCAGAGGCUGUCUCUGUCUCAUGCCCUGAAAAUAGCCCCGUUCCUGUCUUCCAAUGCAGUGUCCCAGCUAGCCAAGCACCAGUUCGAGGACGCAGGCCAGCACUUCAUGGAGAGGACCAUCAGCCUCGGCAUCGGUGAGCGUCCAAGCAGGCGAUGGGGUUUCUACUUGUUCCCAGACUGUUUUAACUAUGGCUGGACCAAGUCCAACUACACAGGGAAGUGCUCCGCAAAGGCCCAGGCGCAGAACAACCAGAUGAUGUGGCUGUGGGAGAAAAGCACUGUCCUGUUCCCGUCCGUCUACCUCCACCUGUCCAUCAGGAACUCUCAUAACGCAGCGCUCUUUGUCCGCAACCGAGUCCAUGAAGCCCUCAGGGUGGCACGGCUGCCUAAGAAGCCUUUCACCAUGCCCAUAUACGUCUACUCCAGGCCGCUGUAUCGUGGCCAGACUGAGGUGUUCCAAACUAAAACGGACCUUGUGAGCACCCUGGGUGAGUCUGCAGCCUUGGGAGCAGCAGGAGUGGUGAUGUGGGGAAGCUCCAGGGAUUACAACAACAGGGCUUCCUGCCAGUCUCUGUCUGACUACCUGGCGUCCACUCUCAGCCCGUAUGUAGCCAAUGUGACGGCUGCUGCGAUGCUGUGCAGCCGGGUCUUGUGUCAGAGUAAGGGCCGCUGUGUCAGGAGGAGCUACGACUCAGACCACUACCUCCACCUGAACCCGCAGCACUUCAGCAUCCUGCGGGACAAUGGGAAGUACGUGGCUGUGGGCCUCCCGUCGGCUGAUGACCUCAAGUACUGGGCGAAACAGUUCACGUGCCAGUGCUACGCUGCCCUGAGCUGCUCGCCCAGACUCUCCCUGCCAAACAGCAUCCAACACAUCUGGGUCUAGUUCAGUGCAGUAAAGUCCAGCAUUAAAGUGAAACUCAUUUGUGUUGCUUUUGUCCAUCCAAAAUGAUACCCAACUUAAGUCAAUCAGAUCAGAUAAAAUGCUCCAUCUCAAUUACCCAUUUUAAUAAACAUGUCAUUACAUUCCCAA